UUAUCCGAACACGAAACGACUGCCUCGUCAGCAAAUUCUAAAAUACCAUCACCCAGUGCAUAUAAUUUCAGGUCUCAUCCAAGUAGCCUUGUCGACGAAGCUUCUUAAUUAUCCUUAAUAUGGUCUUAUCUUAUCUAAGUCUAGACUAAACUAUUAAUCUCAGGUCCCAUAAUCGAGUCAUAAUCAUACUACCUAGCUACUUGUUUGGUUCCAUCCAACGCCAACUGGACACAGCCCAUUCCUUCCCCUUCCCUAGCUAACACUGAAAGUAACUUCGUACCAAUCUCUCCUCCUCCUCCAUUAGAAAAAACUUUGACUUGGCCUCUCUUUCCUACCCACUUGCUCCAUCGCCAUGAAAAUUCAUGCACCAGUUUGACUCUUCCCGUCCAGGUUCCAACUAUAAAAGCCUCCCUAAACCCUUCUGCUUCUCUCAUCCCUUCAAACCAUUCGAAUCUUCUAUACACUAUUCCUGCCCACCCCCCCGAAUCGAGAAAAUGGCGGCUUCUAUAGCUAGCUCGAUAUCGAUCCUGCUAAUCGCGAUCGGCUCAGUAGCAGGAAACUUCAACCGGGACUUCGACGUUACGUGGGGAGAUGGCCGAGCCAAGAUCCUCAACAACGGCCAGCUCCUCACCCUUUCACUCGACAAGGGUUCCGGUUCGGGGUUCCAGUCGAAGCACGAGUACCUGUUCGGCAAGAUCGACAUGCAGCUCAAGCUCGUCGCUGGCAACUCUGCUGGCACCGUCACUGCCUAUUACUUGUCGUCGAAAGGAUCGACAUGGGACGAAAUCGACUUCGAGUUCUUAGGCAACUUGAGUGGAGAUCCUUACAUCCUCCACACCAACGUGUUCUCACAGGGCAAAGGGAACCGAGAGCAACAGUUCUAUCUCUGGUUCGACCCGACCGCCGAUUUUCACACUUACUCCAUCCUGUGGAACCCACAGCGCAUCAUAUUCUCAGUGGACGGCACUCCGAUCAGGGAGUUCAAGAACAUGGAGGGCAGAGGCGUCCCGUUCCCGAAGAGGCAGCCGAUGCGGAUCUACUCGAGCCUGUGGAACGCAGACGACUGGGCUACCCGUGGCGGUCUGGUGAAGACGGACUGGUCGAAAGCUCCAUUCACGGCUUCCUACAGAAACUUCAAAUCGGAAGCUUCCUCUGCUGCAGCGCCAUGGAUGUCGCAGCAGCUAGACGCAACGAAUCAGCAGAGGCUGGCAUGGGUUCGGAGGAACUACAUGAUUUACGAUUACUGCAAGGAUUCCAAGAGGUUUCCUCAUGGAUUCCCUCCAGAGUGCAAUACCGCCUAAUUGUUUAAAAGCCUAUUCGCUUCUUCAAUUUCUUCUGAUAUUAUUGUUUUUUCGUCCUCCCCUGUUUCUGUAAAGUAUAAAAUUGGCGGGUAACGUAUCCUUUUCCUGAAAGGAAAGGGGUUGGAAUCCGAAUGCAAAAUGGAAUAGCGAAACACAACCCUAAUAAUAUAUACACAAAGCUCGG